AUGAUGUACACGGCACAAACGCCCGCCGUGAUCCUGCCCACCGGCGGAUCCUUCACCGCGAGCCCGGCGAACGCGUACUAUCACCCAGGCGCGGUGUCUACUAUGACCUCGCCGCUGUACUCACAGCCGUACAUGCAGCCGUAUGCUCCGGUGCCGGCACCAAUUCUACCGCAGCCAACAGGGUAUAUGUACAGCUACGACCUAACGCCUCAAGCUGGUGCGAUGUCGUACGUGCCCUCUGGGUUGCCAUCUGCCACGAGCUCCUUCUCGACGGGAACUCACGGGGUCAGCCAGCCGGUGAGGGCGAGCUCCUUCCACACGUACCCGGCCUCCGUGGGCCCCGUGGCGGCCACCACUUCGCUGAACGGCUCCUUUGUGGCGCCUCCCGGGCCGGCAGCCACCGGGUCCUAUGUGCCCCCCGUGGUGGAUGCGGGAACUGGCUCGUUUGUUCCACCUGUGGCAACGAGCUCCAGCUUCACGUAUCCCACCUAUCCGGGUACCUACCCUGGUUUGCCCACGGUCGGCUCCUUCGUGGUGAACACACCCGGACCUGGGCCCGUGGGCCUUGCCAAGCUAAGUGCCCCAAGACCGUUUAAGUUCUACGUGGAGCCGCCCGAGAAGAGGGCGCAGCCUGCUGAAGGAAGCCACCCAGCGACGGGCGCACACAAAGCCUCCGAAGAUCUCAGGCCACCGGUUCUGGCCAGCUCCUCUGCGCACCAUGCGCACCACAAGGCAACGAAGAAGGGCAAGAAGUCCUCUUCGCUCCUGAGCUGCUGCUGA